AUGGCUGAUAAAUCAUGGUUAUCGCGCUGGUUUGGUCGCACGCCGACUCAAUCCGGCACUUCAGCGCAAUCGAAUGAGUCUCGAAUGACCGCACCGUCGCCUAGUACAAGUCCACCAACAAGCAACGAUCAUCGUCAAAUGCUCAGAGACAUUUUGCCAGAUCACGGCUCACCGGUGUCAUCUCCGCCACAAACCACCAACUUCAGAAGCUUUGAUCCUUCGGCAUUGAACAAUGGACACUCACAAAAAGAGUCACUUUUUGUGAAUACAGAUAGUUUGACGAGGAAAAGACAAUUCACCAGUUCUCCGGACAGCUUACUUGUUUCGGAGCGAAUCAAACGUUUUCGAGACAAUAUUGCUUCAACAAAAGACGAUGAGGAUCAUGUGCCUGCAUUUGAAGCCAGCGUAGUGAAACCCCGAAUGGAACACUCGUUUGCUGGUCCUUACACGCAACGCAAUGCUUCGAUGCUUGAAUCACCUGGUGGAUCUUCAUCAAUCUCGUUGUUUUCUCGUCGAUCUACUGCUCCAUCGACACAUUCAAAUAUCUCCAGCAAAACUCGAGCAAUUCUUGAACAACUCGAACGUGUGACUACGCCUCAAACGGAAGCCAAACGAGUUCCAAUAUUCCGGCCAGCCUCAACCGUACCAGAAGUGUGGAAUACAUCCUGGCAUGCUGGGACUAAUUCAACGAUUUCAAUUGCAAAUUCGACUUCUAAUCCUCAAAAUCCCCCACCAAGAAAACGACAGCCAAUUCCAACUUCAAACCGUAUUCAAAUAUUGACCUCAGCUUUGACAACACAUUACAAGAAGCCUUACUGGAGGGACAUUUAUCGUCCAAAAAAGCCUGUCGAGGAUAAAUCGUCAACAUCAUUCCAAUCGCCAGCUAUUCAACGUGUUCAAGCUACGUCAAGCAGUGUUGUGAAAGUUUCUCCAUUGUUUGAUCUCUCUGAUCACCCAUCACCUGUAACUUCAUCUGCUAAAGAGAGCGGAAGCGCAACAGUUUCAUCGGUUAAAGCGAUACCGCCACUCAAAGGCUUUGAUGGAAAGAAAGUACCAAACACAUUCAAUGCCGGAUGCAUCUACAUGGAGGACUCUGAUGGAGAACAAGAAAAGGACAGCGCUGAUGUAUUUAUAAAGAGACUUGAUUUGCCUAAAGUGGCGCCACCAAAAGGAUUUAUCAACGAUUGUUUGUUCGAUUUUGAAGCUCCUGUUGAACGUGGUCCACAAGCAAACGUUUCCUCCUCAUCGGACGAAUCAAGCCCAGAAAGCGAGAGCAGCAAUAGCAGCGAUGAUAUCGAACUGGUUCAAAACGAGGUUCAAACAAAGGUCGCCGAAAAGUCUCCUGUCGCACCAGCUAUCAAGAUUGUUACUGAAACUUUGGCUCCACCAACGGAUAGUGAAACUUCUGCUUCUGUAGUUGCCACACCAAACUCAAGCAAAAACGCUUCACCAGAAAGUUUGAAUAAGACACCAACUACAGCUACAGUUUCAAAAUGGUAUUGCUCGGUGUGUAUGUUGGAAAAUCAGGCAGCAUUUACUAAAUGUAUCGCUUGUGAGGCUCCAAAGCCAGGAGAAACCACUACGGCUUCAUCUGCAACUUCUAAAUGGACAUGUUCAGUGUGCUGGGUGGAAAAUCAGGCAACUUCCGCCAAAUGUGUCGCUUGCGAGUCACCUAAACCAGGAGAAACAGCCGCCGCUGCCGCCGCUUCAACAUCAACUUUCAAACCCACAACAUUCGCUCCCCUGGCACUACCCAAGGGAGUUUCAUUUGGAUUUGGUGGAAGCAAAGCUCCGGAGGCUCCCUUAGCAAACAAGGAUGAUAACGCUGAGGUGAAACGACCAUUGUUUGGGGCAGGAGCAGGGCUGGGUUUUGGUUUGAGCGCCUCUGGAGCUUUGAAACCAGCUUUAGCUCCGUCAGCGCAAACGAAUGGUGCUAUUUUACCGUUUAUUAAUGGAGCAAGCGGAUUUGGUGGAGCGCCGUCAAUAGAUUCAACGUCCACUCUUGGUCUACCAAAGUCAACUCCUUUCGGCUUGAGUGCAACUACUGCGCCUACAACGUUCUUGAAAUUCGGUGGAAUCGGUUCAGAUACAGUGUCGAAAGGACUCAAUGAUGGAGCCGCUUCAUCUACUCCUGCUCCAUUCACGCUGGGAGGCAAUACAGCUUCAGCCCCGAUGACCAAUUCUUUCACUUUUAAUGGUGCCUCUUCUAUUCCAUCGAUUCCAGUUUUUGGAAAUGCACAAAAAACCAGCGAUGUUGUACCUGAAACGGAUAAAACUCAACGGAAAGACACAGACAAACCUUUUGCACCAAUCAAGGUUUUUGGGGAAACUACGGUUUCACUGACGGAUACGAAAACACCUGCCUCUAUAUUUGCCGCACCAAGCUUGAGCAAAAAUAGUUUGUUGGAAAAUUUGAAUCAAACGCCUACAACAACUAAGUUGGGAGAAACGGCUACCGCUUCAACAUCAACUUUCAAACCUACUCCGAUGGCGCCAUCUAAUGGAGUUUCAAUUGGAUUUGGUGGAAGCAAGGCUCCUGAAGCUCCUUCCAAAAGUAAUGAUGGCGCUCCUGACAUGAAACGACCGUUGUUUGGACCAGGGCCAACAACAACACCUAGCUUCAAUUUCGGUCCAUCUGAAGGUGCAAAACUAACUCUCGCUCCGUUGGCUCAACCAGCACAAACACCUUUCAUUUUUGGAUCGAAUGGAUUUGGCGGAGCGCUAUCAUCAGCCUCAGCACCAACUUUGGGCUUGCCUCACACGACAACUUCCGGUUCUUUCAGUCUGGGUGUUCCUACUGCUCCACCAUUCAAUUUUAGUGAAAAUGCGCCAGAUGCUGUGCCAACGAAUUUCCGGUUUGGAGAUCCCGCAUCGACGGGCCCAUUCGUCUUCGGAGGCAAUGCUGCUCCAGCUCCAACCUUCUCAUUUGGUGACUCGCAGCCUUCUCAUUCUCAUUUUUCUCUUCCACCUAUUGCACAGGUUCCAUCAUUCGGAAAUGCGCCACCAACCGACUCUCCAUUUGCUUUCAACAGUAGUUCUACAGCGACAGGAGUUGGACAGGAAAAGGAUAUUUUCUUCAAAAAGCAUAUCCAGGAAAGACGAAUGGGUACUCCAUGGAAAGUGGCAUCGACAAUAAUUUUGUGGUCUCGCACAACGCAGCGUGUUUUGAUGUUACGAAGAGGUGCCACCGCGCCAUUUAUGCCUUCAUUGCACGUAUUUCCCGGCGGUGUCAUUGACACAGUGGACUCAAAGUUGGGGCAACCCGAACGAGUUGCUGCGUUGAGAGAGCUCUUUGAAGAAACGGGACUUGUGCCAACCAUCGAUGGAAAAAUAGAAACCGCCGCAUUAAACAAGGAUCUAGCCAACCUACAACAACGAGCCCAGAAAGACCCUUCAGCGUUUGUUGAGGUAUCAAAACUCGUCGGCUCAGCGCUUCCACUUCGUUCACUGCAACCAUGGGCCACGUGGCUUACACCGAAUUAUGGGAAAAAGCGAUACAUGACUUCGUUUUUCUUGCUACCGAUUGAAGGAGAACCUGAAGUCAACAUCUGUACACGAGAAAUGUCGUCAGCCGUUUGGCUUGAGCCCGCUAAAGCAUUACCGUUAGCACAAGAUGGUGCGCUCGAUCUACCACCGCCACAAAUUUAUGAGUUGACUCGAUUGUCGCAGGUUUCUGCAAAUAGUGUAACGAUGCCAAAUAAUAAAACAGUGAUCUGCCCACAACAGUUAACCGGAAAACCAAGCGGCUUUAUUGCUUUCAUUUAUCCAGGAGACCGUUUGUAUCAGGAAACCGAGGACGCCUAUUUGAUAGAGCCGAGAGUUGUAGAUGAUUUAGAAUUAGCACAAGGUGAUCCCAAUGCCUCUCUUCAUCGAUGCGUUUUCCCAGCUCGUCCAUCAACAAAAGGACUUCAAUUGCAUUUUCAAAAUGUUCCAGAAAAAUAUGGAUUUCAUCCAUUCAACGUGCCUUUAAGCCAAGAUGCUGCCGCCAAAAAAGGAAAACUU